AACAUCCUUUAUGUAGGCAUCAGUACUCGCCUUCGAACAAACCCAGUGUUCACUGCGACAUGUACAGAUAGCCAGUACCAAAUUGUGUUUGGUGACGUAUCGUGACUGCUAAUGAAAGUGACACGGAUAUUAGUGCUGAUUAAUAUUAACGUCACUAAAUAUUGGAUGCAGUGAGGAUAAAGUGAUGUGCAAAUAGCAUUAAAUAUAAUUGUAGUGUAAAAUAACAUGCGUAAAACAAGAAAGAGAUUAGAUUUAUUCUAAUGGGCUUUACAUUUCUCUUACUCUGGACAUGGCUGCUAUCAGCGGUUACUGCGGGCAUCAUACCCGGUUUAGGUGACGAUGACGACUCCGUCUGCAGGACUUACAGACUCAAUGAUGUACAAUACUUUGAUUGUUCCGAUCGAGGACUUACCGAGCUACCAGAGACAAUUGAUUACGAUGCACAAGCAGUUUUGUUAUCAAAUAACAAUUUUGCCACCUUCCCGGAGGGACUAGAAAAAUUUUCUAGGGUCGAAAUUUUGGAUAUGUCCGGGAACCGCUUGACGAAUCCAUUACCAACCUAUUUCCAGAAAUGGCAGAACCUUCGAACUCUUAAUCUGUCCAAUAACAAUUAUGACAGAUGGCUGAGCAGCGACAAUCAGUAUCAUAUUAAAAGACUAGAUUUAUCAAAGAACAAAAUAAGCAACAUCGACACGAAAGCGUUCGAGAAGAUGACCAAUCUAUCUUUUCUAGAUUUAUCUGAGAAUAGAAUCGAUGAUUUACCACCGAACGUCUUCUCCGAUGCUAAGAAUCUUGAUACUGUCAUCCUAUCAAGAAAUUAUUUCUCAGAACUACCAAAUUUCCAAUCACAAUCCUUAAGGACUUUGGAUUUAAGUUAUUGUCAAAUCGCAAAAAUAGAUCCAGCAGCACUAACAGGAAUGAGUUCUUUAUUAGCUAUUGAUCUUUGCAUGAACCAAAUUGAGACGGUACCUGAUGGUAUAGCUUCGAACACUCUACAAGAAUUGGACUUAAGCUACAAUGAAAUAAGUGAAAUAGGUGACAACACUUUCUCGGCGCUGCCGCAUUUGGCAGUGUUAGACUUGAGAGGGAACGAGUUUAGAGAGGUUUGGUCGACCUCACAUUUCGCCUCGAAUCCUUUUUUGAGGGAAGUUCACGUGAAGGGAAACCGAUGGAGUUGCGAGGGAUUCAGCGUCAAUUUGUUAUUGACGUAUGACUUUUUAACAAAAGAACCGCCGAAGAUAGCCGAUGCAGCGUCAUUGAUUUGUUACUCGCCUUCUAAUGUAACUCAGCUGAGUUGGCAGCAGGCUUACAUAUUGACAUGGCAUCCGACGGAAAUGUCAAAGCAGACGUACACAUUUAUGGCAGUGUUAAUUGGUGUUAUAAUUGGCAUUGCUAUUACGUCGUGCGUGUGUAGAGGUUUAAUGUCUUUAAAUAAGCCUAGUCCUUCUACAAGUCAUCCACGGACAGCUACCGAAUCUACCACUGUGAGCAGCAAUGGUGUUGUUGUGCAGCCAAGGGUCGAAAGUGUUGUAAUGAGAAUCCCACUGCGCGAAGACAUGCCACCGACUUACGAGGAAGCCUUAUUGAUGCCUAGACUAAAUUCAUCAUUCCACUCUCUACCUGACUUUAUUGAUGAAGAGGAUGAGACCUUUGAUCGUAAUUGCCGUAGGUCACGCUCGAUUGGCGAUCUAACGGAGUCGAGACCAAGGGCGAGCGAGAGACGGUCCAUAAGGCGAACUGUUGAAAUACGUAUCACCGGUAUGCGGGUGCAAGGUCUUCUGUUGCUGGUGAUGUUAGCAAGCGCGGAGAUCUCCGACGUCGAUGACAGUGACAGGAAUGAUGCUUGCUACAUCUGCAAGUGUAGUGCUGACAGGACCAAUGUGGAUUGCUCUAAGCGUGGUCUGACUAGUAUACCAAAUGGAGUCAGUGAGAAGGUGAUGCGCCUCAAUAUGUCCUUUAACGAAAUUUCAACGUUUCCUGAUAAUUUAAACAAGCUACACAAUCUUGUGGAUCUUGAUCUAAGCAACAAUCAAAUUAAUUCGAUUCCAGAGGACGCUCUCAACAAUAUGACAUCACUUGAAUUGUUGAACCUGUCUCAAAAUGAUUUCAAUUCAUGGCUAAAUUUAAAUCCUAAUGAAUUCCUGCAGCCAGCAACAAAUCUAAAGAUCCUCGAUUUAUCACAUAAUAAGUUUUAUACGAUGGAUAAUUUAGCAAAUCAGGAACUUUUAAUAAGUGCGUCAUUAGAAACAUUGAUUUUAGAUAACUGUAAAAUAACAUCAAUUCGAGGUAGAUCACCUUUAAGUGGAUUGAUAAAUAUAAGGGUAUUUAAAAUUAAUUAUAAUCCUUUAUCAAGAAUCCAAGGUCUUGUAUCCCCAACGCUUAAAAGUUUCUACGCGAGUAACUGUCUAUUGAGUUCAAUCAAUCACAACGAAUUGUCAUAUCUACCAUCACUAGUAUAUUUGCAACUGUCAAAUAAUAACGGUCUAGUUUUAUACAGUUUGUCAAAUACUGUAAUGUCAAAUUCAUUAAAGUAUUUAGAUGUUUCAUAUUGUAAUAUAAUGCAAAUCAGUCUUGGAGGAUUCCCAAAUCUUAGAAGGGCAUUAUUAAGUCAUAACGUUGUAAGAUUUCUAGAGAGUAAUAAUUUUAUAAAUAACUCUAAAUUAGAAUACUUAGACCUAUCAUAUAAUAAUAUUGGCUCUCUGAAAAGCGAUACAUUCCGAGGACUAAGUAUGUUGAAGUAUUUAGAUUUGUCAUGGAAUGAAAUCGCGCAUAUACCUGAAGAUAGUCUCCUAGAAAUGCCAUCGCUAACCCAACUCAAACUACGCAGGAACUAUUUGACUAGAGUCGGCCAUUUAAGUUCCACAUCUGUCUCUAUUCUAGAUAUGAGUUAUUGCGAAAUAAACACUAUGGGUAAAGAUUCAUUAGAAGGCUGGCAAUCGCUUGUUGAUUUAGAUUUGUCACACAACCUUCUAUCAAAUAUCCCAGACAGUAUUUCCUCAAAUACUCUUAAGUAUUUAAAUUUAAAUUUCAAUCGAAUAAGUGCUGUAAAUAAUGCAACUUUCUAUAUGCUACCUCGUUUAAGGGGAUUAGGUGUGAUCGGAAAUCGCUUUACAACAGUUUGGAGUAGAUCAUACUUUGAUUCCAACCCUUAUUUAGAGAGAAUGGAUUUGAUGGAUAACAUGUGGCGUUGCGAUUGUGCGGAUAGCAACAUGUUUGACUUUUAUGAAUUUGUUACGCUGGAGCCAAACAAAAAAGAGGAGUCUUACAAUCUUAUUUGCAACAGUCCUGUCAAUUUAGUUGGUCAAACGUGGCUUGAGGCAUGUUAUUUCUCUUGGAAUCCUACCGAGAAGAAAGCAAACGCUGAUGCUUUGAUAUGGUUUAUCGUGGUCAUGAUAGUAGGUUUAGCUUUAUGUUUAACUUUGAUUAAUGUAAUAAGGAGAUCAAUGAAUCGCCGAUUAGCUGGUCUGCAGGAGGAAAGAAUGAGGCAAGUGGAGGAAGCCAGAGACAGACUGCGACAGCUACGUAUUCGCGCCGAACAGGAGGCAUUGUGCAAUGCUCCUGAUCCGAGGGAUUUAGUCGCACCGCCGUCUUACGACGAGGCUCUUUCUAUGCCCAAGCUUACAGCUUCAUGUCAGUCAUUAUGUGAUGAGAGGACGGGCAAAAAGAAAAGAAGAAAAGGUAGACGUAAAACAAAAUCAAGUGGGGAUCUGUUAGAAGAAACUGAAAGAAAUGGUGAUUUAUCUGUAGGAGAUGAUUUGGAACUGAAUGAAGCUCCAGAAACCCAUCGUCGACGUCGUCGUCGACGGCCGAGGAACUUUGGUAGUCAUGAGAUAGCAGAGUUGGAUCAGUCCCCUGGUGUCCGCCGCAGACGUAUGUCUGAGUACGGUAUGAGCGGCAACGAGAGUGUCACGGUUGUGGUUGAGCCGGUGUUAGAACAACCGCUCCGGCCCAGGAACAGAAGAUAUUCAAUAGAUGACGAUGAGCCUAGGGAAAGUGAUUUUUAAUUCGUUUAUUCAGUCGUUGUUUGCUAAAAUUAUGACAAAGUAAUUUUAGUUUUAGUUUAAAUAGUGAAUAUUGCAUAGGUCAAAACCAACGAUUAUUAUUUUAUUUAUUACUUUUAAAAACAGUUUGAAAAUACUGUACAGAGUCAUCAUUAUUGUAAU